CAGUCGAUAUCAGCCUUGCCUCGAGAUCCAGCAGUAUAAACAAUGCUGACUAAGCUGUUCAUGACUGUGCUCAGUGACGUCCGCGAUGCUCAACGCUCUCGCUUACCGCGGUGACAUGGAAGGCGAGGAUGAACAAACAGCCCAAGGACCGGAUACCGCCUCUCGUGCCUCGUUUUACGAUCUCUGCAGAUGCUUACAGAGCGUUCUGACAAAGCGAGGAAACGAUGCGAAGAGGGAGAGAAUGAAGCGUUAUAUCGAGGUCUUUUACCCGAGAUCUUGAAACUCCCAAACAAUUACGCUGACGUUCUGGUUCCCUCCGUUGAAGGAAUGGCGUGCAACGGGAGGAGACUUUUUUCCGGCUCUAAGGCUCAUAUUGCCUCAUCUUGACAAAGCGCGCACCACGUAUGGCAUGAAGGAUAAGGUCCUUGCUAAAACCUAUGUGGAAGUUCUUGGACUUUCGAUGAAUUCACCGGACGCCGAAGGCUUAAUUAACUGGAGAAAUCCUGGCAAAACUGGAAAGACGAUGGCUGGCGACUUUCCUGGAGUUCUCCAUCAAGUCAUUGCCGGAAGGUCAAACGUACUCGGCAGAAGUAACGUUACAGUGGCCGACAUCAAUGACAAACUCGACUGGCUGAAUGUUACAGAUGACAGAGGAGAGCGAAGGGACAUUAUAAGAUACUUUUUCCUUAAUUGCACUCCAAUGGAGCAGAUGUGGAUUGCCCGCAUGAUUCUCAAAGACUUGAAACUGGGAAUAUCAGAGAAUACGGUGCUGGGGUUGUGGCACCCAGACGCUUUGGAGCAUUUCAACGUGACUAGCGACUUGGCCAAGGUGACCCACGACCUCCCAGACCCGAAGCUGAGCUUGACAAAUAAAGAAAUCAGAAUCAACGGCGUCUUCAAGCCCAUGAAGGCAAAAUCUGUGGAAAAUCCACACGACAUUCCAAGGAUUAUAGGAAACACAACCUUUUGGGUGGAGACCAAAUUGGAUGGGGAACGAAUACAGAUGCAUCUUCAAGGAGGCAAGUUCAAGUGGUGGUCCAGAAACGCCACACCAUACACAUCCAUGUACGGUGCAGACCCCAGCCACGGUUCUCUAGUGCCAUACAUUUACGAGCAGUUUGAUCCGAAGGUGCAUAGUGUCAUUUUGGAUGGCGAACUCCUGGCAUUCAAUACCGAAAGCGGUCUAUAUGAGGCUUUUGGCUCCUUAAAAACAGCUUCGAAUGAGGUCUUGCAGAAAGGAGUGAACGCAAAACUACAUCCUUGCUUUGUAGUGUUCGAUAUUGUGUAUCUAAACAACCAAAGCCUUGUCGACCAGACGCUUAAAGACCGCCGUGCUUAUCUGCACCGAAUUAUCAAGGAGAAGGAAACAUUCCUUGAAAUUUUGCCACACGAAGAAGCCUCGACAGUUGAGGAUGUGAUCAACCAUUUGGGGCAGCGAAUUGAUCGAUCCGAGGAGGGUAUUAUUAUCAAGAAUCCUGCCUCGGUGUAUACGCCCAAUUUGAGAGGCGACGCGUGGUUGAAAUUGAAGGCGGAUUACGUGGACACGCUCGGUGAUGAUGUCGAUCUGUUGAUCGUGGGAGGCCUAUUUGGUGAAGGCCGACGGGGUGGGCGUCUUUCACAUUUCAUGUGCGCUAUUGCCGAAGAUGCAAAACCAGGCGAAACACCACGGUUCAUCAGCUUUUGCAAAGUGGGAUCGGGCUUCAAGAUCAAAGAGAUGGACGAGCUCUCACGUUACCGUGAGGGCUUUUGGCGACCUUAUGAUCCUCGUCGACCACCGCCCUGGUUUGUUCAUCCCAGCAAUAGUAAGGAGAAACCUGACUUGAUCAUCUCCCCGGAGCACGGACGCAUUAUUCAAGUUCGGGCCGCCGAAGUGAAUAAAACCGAAACCUAUGGUGCUGGAUGGACGUUGCGCUUUCCAAGAUUCAUUAAGGUCCGACAUGAUAAGGGUCUGGAUGGUGUAAUGACAGUGUCACAGCUACAUGACUAUAUCCGCCAAACGUCUGAAAGAAAGUCCCAACUGCUAGCAGAAAUGGAUAUGAAAGUGCAGGAAAAGAAACGAAAGAAGGCAGCAGUGCGGCGAACAGCGGCAGCGCACGCCUGGAAAGUAGCCGUUGAUUUCCUUGGGGUGGAUGCUAGCCAGAUCACAAAAACUUCGGAUCUCUUUAAUAACAUCGAAGUGUGUGUUGUUCCCGGCGCUGGGGAGACGAUAGGACGGGACAAACACGCGAUAGAAACAGCUAUCGUAGAACACGGCGGAACCGCUGUGCAAAAUCCCACCAAGGAUACAACCAUGAUCAUAGCCGACCAGCUUUCAUUGAAAGUCAGCAACUUCAAACGAAGCGGUCAGUAUGAUAUUGUGCAAUCUCGGUACAUCUUUGAUUGUCUCGCUGCAAACGAAGUGUUACCGUUGAACCCAAGGUACAUGCUUUACACCACGGAAGCAACGAAAGAGAAAUUCAAGGAGAGUAUCGACAAAUGGGGAGAUAGCUACACGGAGGAUUUGAGGACGUCGACAAUGAAGGAGCUCUUCAGCAACAUGGACAUAGACGCACUGAACAAGAAGAGACAACGAAAGGCAGAUGCAACGACAGAACGCAACGGAACGCCCAGCGAUAAUAUAGCGGAGAUUGAAGAACGAUAUUUUUCAAUGAUAGCACAUGAAGGUUCAUUAUUCAGACGAGCCAAAGUCUACUUGGAUCGAUUCCACAAUAUCCGCAUAACAAGAGAUCUACUUUCCAAUGACUUACCAGCACCUCAAGGGGUUACUAUUGUCAAUGCAGAUGAACCGCCGCUUCCACACGAAGCAAUACAAGAUACGGCACUGGACGUUGUGGCGUUGAAGUUACGAGCGCGCGGAGCAGUCAUUGCGGAUGUUAUUUCGAGCGAUACAACGCAUGUGAUUCUGGAUAGUGGCCAAAGCCAGGAUUUACCACGUCGCACCCGCCUAGUAAAACAUAUUCUAAACACGUCCCCUCGUGGGCUACACCGACGAUUUUAUGUAGUGGUCAACAGUUGGGUGACGCAGGCCAUUGACCUUGGGCGACUGCCUGAUGAGAAGGACUUUGAACCAGUUCUGCGGGACGAGAUUGUGACAAUCGGCGGGGUGGGAGUCUCGAAGGAGAGCCUCAAAAGGGGCACAUCGCAUAUUUCAUGACAUAUUUUGUGAAUAUAAUUCAUUUACAUCGACCAUGGUCAUUCAAUACAAACGUCACCGAUGC